AUGGUAAUUUUAUUCAGGUGUGUUCAUAUUGGCGCCCGGACUGUCAAUUCCAAUGGCAGUGUACUGUAUGAAAAACGAUUGGUUCAUAGCCGCAACCGUAUACCUGCAGUGGAUUUUAACCUUCAUUGGUACGACCAGGUAGCUAAUCAGAGUGGUUCAGGAGUGUUUGGGUCUCUGGUGUUCGACGUCUGCUGCUUCCAGAAGGAGUACCGCUCAAUCGUCGUCAUGCUUGUGAAUCUUCCGAACUUAAUCCUGGUGUAUAAGCUUCUCGUGAGGAGAGAGUACCCCAGCUUCCUACUCUCGGCAUCCUGCUUGGUAUGUUUCUUCGUGGGAGGCAUAGUGUACUGCCAAGAAAGGCCAGCGUUGAUAGAGGGAAUAAUGGGUCAUCACGAAAUCUUCCACCUACUAGCAGUCAUAGGAUUUGGUCUAAUAGUGGGUGCAAACGGAUUUGUGAUCAAAUGA